UGGCAGUUUUUUUUCUUUCGUUUUCUUUGUGCAUGUCUGUUUCGUGAUUUUUUCUGCUCAUCACGGAGAUACUGGACUGCAAAAGCCCUAGCCUUCAGUCAGCGUAACACAAAUUGUAGCAUAAUCAACGAAGUAGAACCAAGGAAACGUGCGAAACCAGCUCCGGAAAGAUUUUUCAGUAUCGAAGAUUUUUUACUGCAAUUUUGAUGAUCCAUCCAAACUGUGGAUAGUGAACAGUGUAAAAUUAACUCAGCUUGUAAUUUAUUCCUGAAAACCAGCAGGAGGUGGAAUAUUUGUGCAGCUUAAAUUGGAUAUAGCACAUACAUAGCUACUCGGGACGGAAAUCAAAAUGGAUUGUCCUCAUAUAAGUGAUAAUGUCGUUCUACGAAAGGAUUCAGUGAAAAACAUAAAGCAAACUCUGUGCGAAAAUGUUGCUCAAGCUAUAGCUACACCUGGCACCGGAACACCUCCAGCUAGCUCUCCAGCAGGAAUAUCAAAAUUGUGGAAAUGUUCAGAAUGUGCGGGUAAGGACAACUGGAUGUGCCUACAGUGUGGAUCAGUGCUCUGUGGCAGAUACGAAAGUGGACACGCAUUGAAACAUUCGUCUAAGCAAAACCACAAUAUCUGCAUUAACACAAUUAACCUGUCGGUUUAUUGUUACAAGUGUGACGAGUUUGUGGUAAACGACACAACCGAAAACGUGCUGGAGGAAAUUCGCCAAGAGUUGAAGGAUGGCGAUGCAGACAGCGUGUCGGAGACUUCAUCGACGAUGGAGGAAAUCAGUUCGUCCAAAUCGGCCCAGGAAACUGCCAGCAGUACGUCAUCGUCGAGCGACUCGGGUUGGGAGGAACCGGCUGCACCUUCCAUGGUGUCAUCGUCCUCGUCCACUGCACGGAAGCUGCGUCCCCGCAAACGAACGAUCUCCACCGAUAGUAACAACGAGAACGGAGCAGGCAGUGCCAAGCGGAAGUCGAUGCGGCGCGUCGUUGGCUUGAGGAAUCUGGGCAACACGUGUUUUAUGAAUUCAGUAUUGCAAUCACUCAGCAACAUUCAGGAGUUUAGCUGUUAUUUCAACGCGAUGCCCUCAUUGGAAACGGCUAAACACAAGCAGAAGGCGUAUCAUUCGCGUAGCAUGAAAGAGAAUCUGGAUGAUGUUUUCGUGGUGGAAGAGCUGCGAAAGGUUCUUCUAAAUCUUAGCCAGGGUGGGGACGGUUCAAAAGGAGCGAUUUCGCCGGAAUGUCUAUUUCUGGUUAUUUGGAAAGUGGUACCUCAGUUUCGGGGUCAUCGACAGCAUGACGCACACGAGUUCCUGCGAUACAUGUUGGAUCGAUUGCAUACCGAGCUUCAGCAGGUCUCGAUUCCGGUGGAAAUCUCCACUACUCCAACUCAAAAAUCUGGUGAAACGAAAACCAAUCCGUACAAUGUACCCGCACUGAGUCAUCUGCAAGCUAAGGGACGAAAUUCAAUUGUGACAAACGUGUUCGGUGGUGUACUGCAGAGUGAGGUACGCUGUCUUAUAUGUGGUAUGGAGAGCAAAAAGCAUGAUCCAUUCCUCGAUCUAUCGCUGGACAUUCCGGAAAAGUUUUACAAUAAGGAUCCUCCUGAGGAUAAUGAAAAAGAUAAGAGUGGGAGUGCACCGACAUGCCACAUUUCAGACUGCUUGUCUAGCUUCACAGAGGUUGAAGAACUAGCAGAAACCGAACUCUACUACUGCAAUUCGUGUAAAUGCAAACAGAAGUCAACGAAACGGUUUUGGAUUCGGAGACUGCCUAAUGUUUUGUGUUUACACAUCAAACGAUUUAGAUGGAACAACUUUUACAGAACCAAAAUCGACCUACGAUUAUCGUUUCCCAUCAAAGCACUAGACAUGUCCCAAUUUGUUUUGAACAAUGGUCCAGAAACGAGGCGUUCGAAUUCCAGCUGCAACGUGUACGAUCUGGCAGCCGUUAUAGUGCAUCAUGGAAAUGGUUCCAGUUGCGGUCACUAUACCUCGUACGCGAUUAACAAUGGUGUGUGGAUGCAUUUUAACGACCAUUCGGUAAAGGAGGUUAGCAGCGCGGCGGUGGCUGAAUGCAAACCGUACAUUUUAUUCUACAUUAAGCGAGAUACGAGCAGCACUAGCCGGCUAUCCCUGGCGGAAUCUGCCGCAACCGGACCGUCUUGAGAUUAAGUUACUUUAUAUUUUGAGACUGAUUAAUAUAGCAUUACAAGCAUGCUGCACACAAGAAAAACAACAAACACUACCGUAACCUGGUUUUUUAUUAUACCUAAUUGUGGAGUUUUCUGUUCCGAGAGUCGAAACAAAACUGCAAAUCAUUAACCAAGAGAGGAAAUGCAAAGAAACAUUUCAAGGGAACGAUAAACAUUAAAAAAUAGCUUCAAACCAGUAGAAAAGGUGCCAGUCGUCCAGAUUGAUCCUCCUGGCACAUCCUGUUUCCCGUUCGGUUAGGCAUCUUCUGGAAUAGUUAUAACCCCCCCAUUACAAGAAUCAAUGUGAUAAAUUGAAGCAUUUUAGCAUCCUAUUUCUGUCUACCAAAACUCUAUGACUUACAUACAUAGAAGCAGUUCAGUUUGCGAGUGCAAAUGUGUUUCUUUUAAAUUCGUGCUUUCGUGAAGAAAGCUUUCGUCUGAGUAGAGAGUUUUUCCGCGUUAAUUUUUGCAACAGUUCAGAGAUUCUCAAAGAGGCCGCUGCGUUUUUGUGAUUUUUUAUAUUCUCUAGAUUUAGCGUAUUAGUUAUAAUUGUAUUUUAUAUAAUGCCCCCACCCAGUACCGUUAUUUAGUUCGCUCAAUGCAAUGUUGUUUCAUGCUGUGAAUGAAAUAACAUACAUAAAGUAGUAUCAUUACUAGCAAAUAUGCCAUGUUCCCCCGAUACCACUUUUUUGUUUACAGUGAUCUAGUGUGAAGUGGCCCAAAGUGUACGGGAAGCCCAGCACGCCGGAACAAAAGUAAAAGUUAAUUCGUCUUUGGCAUACAGCACACAAAAUAUCACUAAUGAAAACAUACAAAGAGAACAGAUGCAAAACAAAUGGAACCUAUAGAACGGUUGAGCAACAGAGUACGAAAUAUAUAAUUAUAUUAAUAUAAUUAAUAUAUUAGGAAGUAACAUUUCUUUAGCUAUCGAUAUAAAACAAAUAUUAAGAGAUAUA